AUGAGUCAGUGCCCGCUCGGCUUCAAAGGCACACCACCGCCAGGUCACCCCAAAGUCGCAGGUCUCGCCGACUCUUUGUCAGGAAGCGACGCCGCUGCAAGCGACUCAAGCACACCAGAAAAGGCAGGCUGGAACCCAUGGCUACUACUAGCAGUCGACGCCGCGUUCAUCCUUCUCGCCAUCUAUAUCGCCAGGAACGGCGUCCCGAGAGCGAUAGCGGAUCCCGUCAAGGCGGCAUUUACAAAGGCACAGCCGAGGAACGACGCUAAGGUCGAAUGA